AUGUUUCACAACAAUUUAAAUCAAACACUCUAUCAAAAUAUUUCCGCAAUUAUUGCUUUUAGUCUUCAAGAUCAUCUAAACGAAUUCUCAUAUAAUGCAAAAUCUGAAGAUCAUAUUUGGUUAAGAAAUUUUGCAAUAGGAAGAAAGCAAAAUAUUCAGCCAUGUAGGAGUAAAUCGAUGAAGAUAAAUUUGAAAACAUUCACCAUACCACCCUCGCAUUAUCAAAGUUUGUGUCUCAACAAACGAAAAUUUUCCAGUUUUUCGGAACAAAAAGACUAA